AUGCGCGUCCUUCGCCUGUGGCCGGAGGGCACCCAAGAGGCCGCGCCGGCCUGCGCGGUGGGCAUCGUGGACCUCCCACUCGUGCCCGGCACCUUCUGCGGAUGCCGCCGCCACUACUGCAGGCAGGUGGCCCUUCGGGUCAAGCUAGCUGGUGAGAGGCCCGACAGGAUCUUCGGCGGUGACCAGGACGAGAUGGGCUCCGUGACCUUCCGGUCUGAGCAAGCGCUGGAGGUGGACCUGGACGGCUCCCGCAAGCUCCGCUUCGAGGUCCUGGAUGAAGACCAGCAGGUUUUGGCCUUUGCGGAGAUCGAGGCCAAGGAGGAGGAGGAGGAGGAGGAGGAGGAGGAGGAGGAGAAGAAGAGGAGCAGCUAA